AUGGAUUUGAUAUCAACAACAAUUUGGAAUGAAAACUUUUGGUUACCAAAAAAUGUGACAUGGAAAGAUUUUUCAACAUUAGAAGAAGAGGGUGUUCGUUUACCGGCAUUACAUGAUUUACUCUAUGUUUACCCGCUUGCUGGUAUGCUCUACAUAGCCAGAUUAAUCUUUGAACACUAUAUUGCUCGACCGUUCGGUCGAUCAUUGGGGCUUCGUGACGUUCAAAAUUCAACUACACAAUAUAAUCAACAACAGCAACAGCUUAGUCGUAAAAAAGGGAAUAAGACGAAUGUGAUAACUGAUAAUCAGUCCAAUUCAACAUAUAAACAACAAUAUCCAACAAACGUUAUACAUCGCAAACAACCAUCAGAUGGUCGUGGCGAUUCAUUAAAAAGCGCAAAUGACAAUAGAAAACCUUCAUCUCUGAUAUCUUAUCAUCGUGUACCACUAUUAGCCAAAUUUAGUGAAUCAUGCUGGCGUUUUGUAUUUUAUUUAUCUGUCUUUAUUUAUGGUCUAAUUGUUCUUCGUAAUAAACCAUGGCUGUGGGACACGCGGCAAUGUUGGCUAAGUCAUCCAAAUCAACCAUUAACAAAAGAUAUAUUUUGGUACUAUAUGAUUGAAUUAGCAUUCUAUUGGUCGUUGAUUUUUUCACAAUUCAUCGAUGUUAAACGAAAGGAUUUUUGGCAAAUGUUUCUUCACCAUAUAGCCACUAUAUCAUUAUUAUCAUUUUCGUACAUUGUCAAUUUUGUUCGUGUUGGAUCUCUUGUACUUGUCAUACACGAUUGCGGAGAUUAUUGGCUCGAGAGCGCAAAAAUGGCCAAGUAUGCUCGUGCUCAGCGUGUCUGUGAUACACUGUUUGUGAUAUUUGCACUUGUGUGGCUUGUUACAAGAUUGUGUUAUUUUCCUUAUAAAGUUCUGUAUACAACUACGUAUGAAGAAGUAGAAAUAUUAGGUUAUUUUCCCGCAUUUUAUCUGUUCAAUGGUUUAUUAAUGUUAUUACAGGUUCUUCAUUAUUUUUGGUUUUAUCUUAUAUGUCAAGUAGCUAUUGGAGCUUUAAAGGCUGGAAAGGUAAAAAUAAGAAAAUAUCUUGUUACCACUUGGAUGCGCUUGAUUCAAUUUGAAAAAUAUUUUGGUUUUCUAUCUCCAUAACUUUCGACAUGUUGGCCAUAAAUGAGUGAUAUAUUAAAGUUGCUCAUCGGGUCAUUAUAAAUUAAUACAAAGUUUUCUUAUCACAUUCAACUUUACAAGAUAGUAGUUUCUCAUAUCCUCUAUUGAAACAAUAUAGACUCUCAAAACAGUUUUGAGAAAGAAUAAUUGAUAAACUUCUUAUAGAAUCGUAUUAACUCAAAAGUUUAAUUGACCUACUACCGUUAUUUUGAUGUAGCAACUCUUUUUCUCAAUAUGAGAUAUGUGGAGUUACUUCUGAAUGUCGUGAAUAUAUUCUAGUUUUAUUAUGUAAUAGUGCUGAUUAUGAAAAGUGCAUACUCCCUUUCUCUCUUAAUAUAUUGAAAUCAUGUUUUUUUUUAUCCAAAAAAUGGUAGUCAGUCGUCUAUUUGAUUUAUUUGGUUUUAUAUUCUAAUCUCAUUUAAUUACACUUGAUAUACAUGCAGUUAGUGUCUUAUUGAAUACUUGACUAUAUUGUAAUUAUUAUCUUUUAUUCAGUUCGUUUUUUUUUCUUUCUUUGCAUAAGUUAAAUUUUUAGACGAUAGAAUAUGUUUGAAUCUCUAUAUAAAAGUAAAAUACAUAUCUUGAAUAAUCAUCGUCGGUAGUUAGAAGAUUCAUUAUUUAUUGCCAAGACGGUACAUGUCAGACAAAAGACAGUAAAAUUGAUGUCUUUAUGUACAUAGAGAAUUUGUUAAUUUAUAAAAUGAGAGUGUACAUAUUUACUUUGAAAAUUAAUAUGAAAUAGACGUGAUGUACAAUAAUAUACCUCUUCGUUAAUUUAUUUUUUUCAAAUAUUUUUAAUUCAACGUUUAAUAUCAAAUAAUUAGCUAUUAUAUCAUUACACCAUGUACUCGUCUCUAUAAAUCUAAAAAUAAUUUAUCUAAAACGGAUCAUUUUUAUUUAAAAAUAGUAUUCAACAGUAGUAACAAAAUAUGGAAUCGUUUUACAAUACAACUCUAGUAUUCCUUUGUCAAGAACAAUUUUUAAUUUAAAAAAACAAAAAAAAUAAUAAAGUGAGGAUUAAACUGUCAACUUGAUAUAUUUUUUUUCCUUUUUUAAAAUUAAUCGAAAAAUCUUUUCUAUCUUACAACUAAAGACUAAGCUGCUCUUUUGAAAUCAGAUACGUGCAUAAAUAAUUAUAUUUAUUAUUGAAAAAAUUACGUUCUGUUGAUUUUAACGUAUCAUACCCUGAUUAGCACAUUAAUUUUUUU